AUGAGCUACUCAAAAAAAGAUGAAGAUGCAGACCAAGCAAUCUUCAAAGUUGAUCGUACUUCUGUAUUCCAGGAAGCACGGCUUUUCAACACAUCACCCAUAUCGCCCCGCAAAUGUCGCAUCUUAUUGACAAAAAUUACUUAUCUACUCCAUACUGGCGAACGUUUCCCUACAUCCGAAGCGACUUCUCUCUUUUUUGGAAUAACUAAGCUAUUCCAACACCGCGAUGCUUCGCUUAGGCAGAUGGUUUACUUAGUUAUCAAGGAGCUAGCGGACACUGCCGAGGAUGUCAUCAUGGUUACAUCUUCAGUUAUGAAAGAUGUUGCCGGUGGUGGGAGGGGUGCAGGGGAACAAGAGGUUUACAGGGCGAAUGCUAUAAGAGCAUUGUGUAGGAUCAUUGAUGGCACAACGGUUCAAGCGAUAGAGCGUCUCCUUAAGACUGCAAUUGUCGAUAAAAACCCCUCGGUCUCGUCUGCAGCGCUUGUAUCGGCUUAUCACCUCCUCCCCACUGCUCGCGAUGUUGUACGCAGAUGGGCAAACGAAACCCAAGAAGCUGCGCUUUCUGGGUCCAAGUCAGGGGGGUUCAGCUUAGGAUUCGGUUCAUCUGCAGCUUCUGUGCCUCAAGGUUCCGGUAUGACCCAAUACCAUGCUAUCGGUCUUCUGUAUCAAAUGCGCUCUCACGAUCGGAUGGCGCUUGUGAAAAUGGUACAACAAUUCGCGAAUGGAACUGUUAAGAACCCAGCUGCUGUUAUCAUGUUGGUGCGGCUUGCUGCCAAGAUUGCCGACGAAGACCCUAGUUUGAGAAAGCCAAUGUACGCUCUGUUGGAAGGAUGGCUAAGGCAUAAGGCCGAGAUGGUAAAUUUCGAGGCCGCUAAAGCGAUAUGCGAGCUACGAGAUGUAACAGAUGCUGAGGUCGCUCCAGCUAUCAAUGUUCUUCAAUUAUAUCUCACAUCUCCUCGGGCUGUUGCUAAAUUCACUGCUAUUCGGAUCCUCCAUAACUUCGCGUCCAUCCGCCCUUCUGCGGUCAACGUUUGUAACAUGGAUAUUGAGACGUUGCUCAAUAAUUCCAAUCGUUCAAUUGCGACCUUUGCUAUCACCACUCUGCUUAAAACUGGAAAUGAAACCUCGGUGGAUAGACUUAUCGGCAAGAUUAGCGGACUUAUGGCCGACAUUACAGAUGAAUUCAAGAUUACUAUCGUGGAGGCGAUUCGUACAUUGUGUUUGAAGUUCCCUAGCAAGCAAGCAGCGAUGUUGACGUUUUUGAGCGGGGUUCUAAGAGAUGAGGGUGGCUACGAAUUUAAGAAGACUGUAGUAGAAAGCAUGUUUGAUUUGAUCAAGUUUGUGCCUGAAAGUCGAGAAGAAGCACUCGCACAUCUCUGCGAGUUUAUCGAGGAUUGUGAGUUUACCAAGCUCGCUGUUCGCAUUUUGCACCUGCUUGGUACAGAAGGGCCGAAAACUACACAGCCAACCAAGUAUAUUCGGUAUAUCUAUAACCGCGUCGUUCUCGAGAAUGCAGUAGUUCGUGCCGCAGCGGUUACUGCAUUGGCAAAGUUUGGUGUCGCGAGUAAAGAGGGGGAGAAAGUUGAUCCAGAGGUGAAGAAGAGCGUGGUUGUAUUGUUAACCAGAUGCUUGGAUGAUCCCGAUGAUGAAGUCAGGGACAGGGCAGCCCUCAAUUUGAGGUUAAUUCAGCAGGAGGAUGGCGAAGAGGUGGCUGAGAGGUUUAUUAAGAAUGAAUCCUCCUUUUCUCUACCGAUAUUCGAACACCAGCUAGUCAUGUAUGUCACUGGAGACGCAUCAACUUUCUCACAACCAUUUGACAUUUCCUCUAUUCCUAUUGUUACACGUGCUGAGGCCGAUGCUGAGGAUCGCUCUUUCAAACUGCGUUCUACGACAAUGCCAACCCUCAAAGCACCCACUUCUGGUGCGCCCCGUCCAUCGGCUGGACCAUCCGCUGCAGCAGAGGCUGUCACAUCUGCCGCGGCUGCAUCUGCAAAGUAUAUACAACAACUGGCUGCGGUUCCAGAAUUGAAGCCUUAUGGCCCUGUUUUGAAAUCUAGUCGAGAAGUCGAGCUCACUGAGUCCGAAACAGAAUAUGUUGUUGUUGCGGUCAAGCAUAUCUUCAAAGAACAUAUCGUUCUUCAAUUCAACGUCAAGAAUACUCUUACAGACACUGUCUUAGAAGACGUAUCGAUGAUUACUACUCCAUCGGACCCAGAAGGUGGUGAAGGUGUCGGUUUGGAGGAAGACUUCAUUAUUCCAGCACCAAAAUUGGGCAAUGACGAGGAAGGAACUAUCUAUGUAGCCUUCAAGCGCACUGGCGAAGAGAGCAAUUAUGCCACCGCUACCUUCACCAACGUUCUUAAAUUCACUAGCAAGGAGAUCGAUCCCAGUACUGGCGAACCAGAGGACCAAGGAUUUGAAGAUGAGUACCAGGUUGAGGACUUGGAGUUGACCGGUGGUGAUUAUGUGGUGCCAAACUUCACGGGAAGCUUUGGGAAUGUAUGGGAACAAGUUGGCGCAGCAGGUGAAGAAGUUACCGAGACCUUUUCGCUGGGAACUGGGGUCAAAGGAAUUCAAGAAGCAUGUGAGCUAUUAUCGCAAACCCUUUCUUUGCAAGCGCUUGAGGGUAGCGAUGUUGCUGUUAGUACAUCCACACACAACCUGAAACUAUUUGGCAAAACUAUAUCUGGUGGUCGGGUAGUUGCCGAGGUCAAGAUGGCAUAUAGCAGCAAGACUGGAGUUGCACUUAAGAUAACAGUAAGAGCCGAAGAAGAAGGUGUUGCGGCGUUGAUUGUUGGAAGCGUUGCAUGA